GCUCGUAGGAAUAUAUAAGGGGAAGUAUAUAAGGGGAACAUCACCACACUGAACUCACAGUAGGAUUCAGACCUCACACAAUGAUGAGAAAGGGAGUUACUGAGAGUUUUGGAGCAGCAGUGUCCUGUCUGAGCACAUCUCAUCUGACAGAUGAAGUGAUAAGGAGGAGUAAGCGAAUGAUACUGGACACACUGGGAGUGGGAUUGCUUGGAACAAACACCCCAGUCUUCAACACAGUGCUUCAGUGCAGUCAAAGGCAGCAAGCACUAGAAAACAGCAAGGUCUGGGCCAGACCAGGAUUAUCUCUUCCACCUCACUAUGCUGCCUUUGUUAAUGGAGUUGCGGUGCACUCUAUGGACUUUGAUGACACCUGGCAUCCAGCCACUCACCCCUCUGGAGCGGUGUUGCCUGCGGUCCUCGCACUGGCUGAAACUUUGCCCGUUAAACCCUCUGGCCUGGAGCUGUUGUUGGCUUUCAGUGUAGGCAUUGAGGUUCAGGGGAGACUCCUGAGGUUUUCUAAAGAGGCACACAACAUUCCCAAAAGAUUCCACCCGCCUGCAGUUGUUGGGAUUAUGGGCAGCGCUGCUGCUACGGCAAAACUUUUGGGUCUCCCAGCGGCCCAGAGCAUAGCGGCUCUAGCCAUAGCGUGCUCAUCUGCCGGAGCACCCAUGGCAAACGCUGCGACUCAAACUAAACCUCUACACAUGGGCAAUGCUGCCCGGGGGGGUCUGGAGGCCUCCCAACUUGCUUUCCUCGGCCUGGAGGGUAAUAUGCAAAUUCUGGACCUGGAAUCUGGCUUCGGGGCAUUCUAUCCCGAUUAUGUCCCUCGCCCACUGGCUGAGGUCACCCCUACUUCUCAUUACAGCUGGGUGUUGGAAGAGCAGAACAUUGCACAGAAGCGCUUUCCCGCCCAUCUCGGGAUGCACUGGGUGGCCGAUGCAGCAAUAGAAGCAAGGGCGAAAGUUUUGGACAAAUACCCAAAUGCGGAUCUUAAUCAAAUCAAGAAGAUCACUCUCAGAGUGCCCUCAUCCAGAUAUGUAGACUGCCCUCUUCCUGUCAGCGAGCACCAGGCCAGACAUUCAUUCCAGUUCAACUGCUGCACCGCGCUGCUAGAUGGAGAGGUCACCGUCGACUCCUUCAGCAAAAGCCAGAUGAACAGGAGUGCCCUAAAGGAGAUGCUUCUGAAAGUGCAGCUGGAAAAUCCGCAAGACAAUCACUCAAGCUUUGAAAAAAUGUACUGUGAAAUUGCAGUGGAGACAACUCAGGGGGAAAAAUUCACUGCACGCUGCAACACUUUUUACGGUCACUGGAGGAAACCACUUAGUCACGAGGACCUGUUGAGGAAGUUCAGGGCUAAUGCUUUGACUGUGCUCACCCCUGAGGUUGUGGAGGGUAUUAUUUACACCGUAGACCAUCUCGACGCCAGUCAAGACUGUUCAAUGCUUUGGUCAUACAUGCACUUUAAUAAGCACACGAUGCACAGAUAUGAGCGUCGCUACUCAGCUUCGGCCUGAAUCAUCGUGUAAUGUAGCAUCGUUUAAGCUAAUAGGAAGCAUCAUGUUGUCACACUGAAACCUCUGUGGUGUUGUGGCUUAAAUCUUCUGCAUUCUGCAUUUUAUAAUACAACCCCAUUGUUAUUAAAUCACAAUUUGGUGAUUAUCAGUUAUUAAUUUUUGACCAUAUCUAUAUAUUUGACAAGCAUUUUGAGUGUAUUCCGACUACCCUUGAGUAUUUCUGCAAUGUCAGAUUUUUUGUUCAAAUACACAGCAUUAAGUAAUAAUGUUCUUUCAUCACAUGUAGUUUUUUCCGGGAAAAUUACGUAAGUUCCUUUCACUCGUCAAACUGAAAGUGGAGGGAGAGUUUUCACAUUUCUGAAUGAAAGUUUUCAUAUCACUUUCUUCAAAACAUUUUUUAACACCACUAUGCAUUCUGCUGUUUCUGUUUUUUUCCCCUGAUCCAUGUUGAAAACAUUUACUGUACAUUUAUUGUUUAUCUAAGUCAUUUAUAUUACCAUAACAUUGACGUUUUCGAAUAAUAUUAUUGCAACUUAUAUAUUUUCUUUAAAUGUAAAUGUAAAUAUAAAAAUUAUUUAAGGUAGUCAUUACUCAAGUCAUCAGAGUUACAUGAUCCUUCAGAAAUCAUUCUAAUAUGCUGAGUUCAGAUCAAUGUAAUGCACCCUUACUGAAUAAAAGUACUUCUGAAU